CCAGGAAGAAAGAAGCUAUCUUGCUGCGGCGAGUAAGCCCUUCUUCUAUCCUUUCAUUAUCUCUCCCCUCUCUCUCAUGAACCCAUCUUUAGGGUUUUGAUUUCAUCCGGUGUAUGCAGAUGUGUCUGUAGCUGUCGGUUAUGGGUUCGUUAAGGUUUUCCAUUCCACUUAACCCAUUCGACUCAAAAAGGUUUCAUUUUUCUGCGAACCCAUUUCAGUUUCCUGAUCAAUUCCCAAUUUUUUCAGUUACUAGUAGUAGUAAUAAUGCUCCCGCCGCUAGAACUUUCACAAUUGGUUCUCUGAUUAGAGUUAAGAAAACUCGAGUGUCUCGUCUUGAUGUUGAAGCAAAGGAGACGACUGAGAAUGAUAUUGAUUCUGCAAGUGAAGCUAAUGUGGAGAGAAGCUCGAGUUCGAAAUUGAAAGGUGUCACGAGUGGUAAUAAGAGAUGGACAAAGAAAGACGUAGUUAAAAAGUUCAGUUUCCGAAGAGAAAGCAAUGAACUUGAGGAUUUGCUUGUGAAGAAUGGGGAAGUGGAUGUGAACUACUCCGCUAUUAAACCAGGUUUGAGUUUAGAGCAUUGCAAUGGUAUAUUGAAACGGCUUGAGAGUUGCAGUGACUCGAAUGCGGUCAAGUUCUUUGAUUGGAUGCGAUGUAACGGAAAAUUGCAAGGUAACUUUAGUGCUUACAGUUUGAUUCUUAGAGUUUUAGGAAGGAGAGAAGAUUGGGACCGAGCCGAGGAUUUGAUUAAAGAGUUGUGUGGAUUUCAGGGCUUCCAACAGAGUUUUCAGGUCUUCAACACUGUUAUAUAUGCGUGUGCUAAAAAGGGGAAUGUCAAGUUAGGUUCAAAAUGGUUUCAGUUGAUGUUGGAGCUCGGUGUUCGACCUAAUGUGGCUACAAUAGGUAUGCUCAUGGGUCUCUAUCAGAAGAACUGGAAUGUUGAUGAAGCGGAGUUCGCAUUUUCUCAUAUGAGAAACUUCGGAAUUGUGUGUGAGUCUGCUUACUCCGCGAUGAUAACGAUUUACACGCGUUUGAGAUUAUAUGGUAAAGCAGAGGAAGUUAUUGACUUGAUGAAAAAAGAUAGAGUGAGGCUGAAUCUAGAGAAUUGGUUAGUGAUGCUUAAUGCUUAUAGUCAGCAAGGCAAGAUGGAACAAGCUGAAUCUGUGUUGAUCUCUAUGGAAGCUGCGGGAUUUGCUCAGAAUAUAAUUGCAUACAAUACUCUGAUAACUGGUUAUGGUAAGGUUUCUAAAAUGGAGGCUGCACAGAGUUUAUUUUACCGCUUCUGUGAUAUUGGGAUGGAACCAGAUGAAACAAGUUACAGAUCAAUGAUUGAAGGUUGGGGCCGCUCUGACAAUUACGAGGAGGCAAAGCAUUACUAUCAAGAGCUGAAGCAGUUGGGGUAUAAACCCAAUUCGUCCAAUCUUUUUACUUUAAUCAAUUUGCAGGCUAAAUAUGGAGACAGAGAUGGUGCUAUUAAGACGAUCGAAGAUAUGGUUAAUAUCGGAUGCCAGUACUCCUCAAUCCUUGGCAUCAUUUUGCAGGCUUAUGAGAAGGUUGGAAAGCUUGAUGAAGUGCCUUAUGUUCUCAAAGGUUCUUUUCAUAACCAUAUCCGUUUAAACCAGACUUCUUUCUCGAUUCUAGUGAUGGCUUAUAUCAAACAUGGUAUGGUUGAUGAUUGCUUGGCGUUGUUGCGAGAAAAAAAGUGGAGAGACUCAGCAUUUGAGUCCCACUUGUAUCAUCUGUUGAUUUGCUCUUGCAAAGAAUCUGGUCAACUUGCUGAUGCCGUGAAAAUAUACAAUCAUACAUUGGAAUCUGAUGAACAGAUAAAUCUGCACAUUACAUCCACAAUGAUUGACAUUUACACAGUGAUGGGCGAAUUUGGUGAAGCGGAAAAGCUUUAUUCAAAGUUGAAAUCAUCUGGAGUUGUUUUGGACAGGAUUGGAUUCAGCAUUGUGGUACGGAUGUAUGUGAAAGCUGGAUCCUUGGAAGAAGCCUGUUCUGUCCUAGAAAUCAUGGAUGAGCAAAAAGACAUUGUUCCGGAUUUGUACUUGUUUCGGGAUAUGCUUCGGAUAUAUCAGAAGUGUGGUCUUCAGGAUAAACUCCAGCAUUUAUACUACAGGAUUCGAAAGAGCGGGAUCCAUUGGGAUCAGGAGAUGUACAAUUGUGUUAUAAACUGUUGUGCACGUGCUCUUCCGCUUGAUGAGCUCUCAAGAACUUUUGAGGAGAUGAUUCGAUAUGGAUUUACUCCUAAUACAGUCACAUUCAAUGUCCUCCUUGAUGUUUAUGGUAAAGCCAAGCUCUUUAAAAAGGUUAACGAGCUUUUCAUGUUGGCAAAAAGACACGGAGUUGUGGAUGUAAUAUCUUACAACACCAUUAUAGCCGCCUAUGGACAGAACAAGGACUUCACAAACAUGUCAUCAGCGGUUAAGAAUAUGCAAUUCGACGGGUUUUCUGUGUCACUUGAAGCUUAUAACUCUAUGCUAAAUGCAUAUGGGAAAGAUAAACAGAUGGAGAAAUUCAGAAGCAUCUUGAAGAGGAUGAAGUCUACUUGUGGAUCAGAUCAUUAUACAUAUAACAUCAUGAUCAAUAUAUAUGGAGAGCAAGGAUGGAUCGAUGAAGUCACGGAAGUGCUGACAGAAUUGAAAAAAUCUGGACUUGGUCCUGACUUGUGUAGCUAUAACACACUGAUAAAGGCUUAUGGUAUAGGUGGUAUGGUUGAAGAAGCUGUUGGAUUGGUGAAGGAGAUGAGGGGGAAAAAGAUAACACCUGAUAAAGUAACUUACACCAAUUUGGUCACAGCUUUGCGCAGGAACGACGAAUUUCUCGAGGCUAUUAAAUGGUCUUUGUGGAUGAAGCAAAUGGGUAUAUAAAAUAGUUGAUUCUUUAUAUGUGUUUUUUUUGUCUAUAAUGGCUGCUUCUUUUAGUAAAACCCCAAAUGAGGCAUGCGUGUACAUUCUGAUCAGAGUUAAUGUAAUAAGUCUCAAAUCUUCCAAUGAGUAGAGUAGAUCUGCUGUAAGUCGUCUGCAAGAUUCUGUCUAGUAGAAAGUAGAGUUCCUUGAUCUUA